AGUUCCACCAUGUUCAUCCUAUUCCUCUUCAGCUUGCUUCUGUCACAGCAUCAUUGUGCUGAAGUUUAUAACAUAUCUUCUUCACAACCAUUAGCACAGGGACAAACCCUCGUCUCCCCUGGCCGCAUUUUCGAAUUGGGCUUCUUCAGUCCCAAUAAUAAUUCUGAUAAUAACAAGUAUGUGGGGAUAUGGCACAAGAACAUACUUCCUCGAAAAGUUGUUUGGGUUGCUAACAGAGAAAAGACUAUUGCAGCUGCAGACACCUUGGCUAGUUUGGCAAUAAGCAGCAAUGGGAAUCUGGAGCUUGUAGAUGGAAAACAGAAUUCUGUUUGGUCAACCAAUAUUCCAGUGCCAUCUAAUACUUCAGCUGCAAUGCUUUUAGACAGUGGAAACUUUGUUGUCAAAGUCAGUAUAGGUGCAGCUGAUCAAUUGUGGCAGAGCUUUGAUUAUCCAAGUGACACACUUCUACCAAGCAUGCGGCUGGGAUUCGACAGUAAAUCUGGAAAGAGGAAUGUCUUGACUGCCUGGAAAAGUGAGAGUGAUCCAUCAACUGGGAUGUUCUUGAUUGGACUUACACCACAGCUGCCAUCACAGAUUGUAAUUUGGAUGAAUGGAUCAACUCCCUACUGGAGAACUGGGCCAUGGGAUAAAUCAAAGUUCAUCGGGGUACCGACGAUGGAUGAUGAAUAUCUAAGUGGAUUUCACCUAGAUGAUAAUGUGCAGCUAGGAACAAAGUAUUUUUUUUAUAAUAUCCCUGACAAAACUGUGGCAUAUAUGGACAUGACUUCAGAAGGUAUACCGAGGUUUAUGGAUUCAGUAAAUGGAGAGAACUGGAAUGUUCACUGGGCACCACAAAAUAAUUCAUGUGAAAUAGGAGCAUGUGGACCUUUUGGGGUUUGUACAGCUUCUGAGUCUCCAACUCCAAUUUGCAAGUGUUUGAAAGGGUUUGUACCUAAGUCACAUGAGGAAUGGAGCAAAGGAAACAGGGCAGCAGGGUGUGUGAGGCAAACUAAAUUGUCUUGUGAGAGCAACACAAACAAGUCAGUCACUUUAAGAGGAAAAGGAGAUGGGUUUUCGAAGAUGGUAGGGUUGAAAGUACCAGAUUUUCAUGAAUAUAUCACGUCUUCGGAUGCUGAAGAGUGCAAGAUACAAUGCCAAAAUAAUUGUUCUUGCUUGGCUUAUGCAUAUGUUAAAAACAUAGGGUGUUUGGCCUGGUCCAAAGACCUUAUUGAUAUACAGGAGUUUUCGUCUGGCGGAGUAGAUCUUUUUAUUCUCCUAGACCGUGCAGAAAUAGGAAAUCGAACGAAGUUAAUUGUCAGCCUCACAGCUGUUGGUUUUAUUAGUAUCUUGGGUGCCGCAGUGUUUGGUUUGCAUAGGUUGCGAGCUAACCAAAAGGGAAAAAUCAAAGUAAAAACAAAGUUUUUUAAAUUGACUGAUACUACUGAGACUUCAAGAGACACUCUUCAAGAAUGUAUUAGAAACCAAGAUCCAUCGGAGCUAUGCAUCUAUAAUUUUGAUGGCAUAUUAAACGCUACGAACAAUUUCAGCAUCUCAAACAAACUCGGGGAAGGAGUUGGUCCAGUUUACAAGGGUAUGCUACAAGAAGGGAAGGAAAUAGCAGUAAAAAGACUCUCUAGUAGCUCAGGGCAAGGCAUAGAAGAGUUCAAAAAUGAGACGUUGUUGAUCUCCAAGCUCCAACAUAAAAAUCUUGCUAGGAUCAUGGGCUGCUGUGUCCAAGAAGAUGAGAAGUUACUGAUUUAUGAGUUCAUGCCAAACAGAAGCUUAGACACUCAUCUAUUUGAUCCAGUGCGGAGACCUGAGCUUGAUUGGGGCAGACGCUUUAAUAUUAUUCAGGGUGUUGCUAGAGGGCUUCUUUAUCUCCACCAUGAUUCCUAUGUGAAGGUAAUACAUAGAGAUUUGAAGGUCAGUAACAUUCUCCUGGAUGAGAACAUGAACCCAAAAAUUUCAGAUUUUGGAUUGGCACGUAUUGUUCAAGGGACACAGAAUCUAACAAAUACUCAGAAGGUUGUGGGAACACUUGGCUAUAUGUCUCCGGAGUAUGCCAUGGGCGGGAUAUUUUCUGAAAAAUCUGAUACAUACAGCUUUGGGGUCUUGCUAUUGGAGAUUAUUAGUGGCAGGAAGAAUACCAGCUUCUAUUACCAUGACCAAGAGCUAGGAUUGAUAGCUUAUGCAUGGCACUCAUGGAAUGAAGGCAGGGGAUUGGACUUGGUUGAUGAAGUCCUGGCAGAUUCAUAUUCCCCAUCAGAAGUGACGAGAUGUGUGCAUAUUGGUCUUCUUUGUGUACAGGACAAUGCUGCAGAUAGGCCAACCAUGCCAGAUGUAGUUUUCAUGCUGAGUAGGGAGACAGAUCGCCCACAACCUAAGUGGCCUAUAUUUAAUUUCCAUAGCUCAGUCUCUGAUCCUCAACCGCGGUAUGACAACAUUUGCUCCGCCAAUGAAGAUACCAUAACACUGCUUCAAGGACGAGCAGAAGAUACUGGGAUGAAAAUGGAUAUUGGAAAAGAAGGUUUUAGUGCUUUAAAUUUCUCCAUCUUCAUCCUGUUGCUGUUCAGCUUGCUUCCAUUACAGUGUUGUUCUCAAGUUCAUGACAUAACUCCAUCGCGACCUUUAACAGAGGGACAAACUAUUGUCUCCCCAGGCAACAUAUUCGAGUUGGGAUUCUUCAGUCCUAAUAAUUCUGCUGCUAAUAAAUAUGUGGGGAUAUGGUACCAGAAUAUACUUCCUCGUAAAGUUGUAUGGGUAGCCAACAGAGAAAAGCCUCUUGCAGUUGCAGACACCGUGGCUAGUUUGAGAAUUAGCAGCAAUGGGACUCUGGAACUUGUAGAUGGGAAGCAGAAUUCUGUUUGGUCAAAUAAUGUUUCAGUGCCAUCUAAUAGUUCUGCAGCUGCCCUUCUUUUAGACGAUGGAAACUUUGUUGUCAAAGUCAAUGCAGGAGCAGCUGAUCAUUUGUGGGAGAGCUUUGAUUAUCCUAGCGACACACUUCUACCUAGUAUGCUUCUGGGAUUUGAUAGUAAAUCCGGAAAGAGGAAUUUCUUGAGUGCCUGGAAAAGUGAGAGUGAUCCAUCAACUGGGAUAUUCUUCGCUGGAUUGACAUUAGAGGUGCCUUCACAGUUGGUGGUUUGGAUCAAUGGAUCAACUCUCAACUGGAGAAGCGGGCCAUGGGAUAAAUCAAAGUUCAUUGGCGUACCCGAAAUGGAUGAUCAAUAUCGAAGCGGAUUUUAUCUAGAUGAAAAUGCGCAACUGGGAACAAAGUAUUUCUCUUUUAGUUUAUUUGAAAAAACUGUGGCAGCAUAUAUGGACAUCUCUUCAGAGGGUGUACUAAAGCUUGUCUAUUCGAAACAUGGCGAGAACUGGAAUACUUUCUGGGAAGCCCCAAAGAGUCCAUGUGACAAUUAUGGAGCAUGUGGACCUUUUGGGGCUUGCAAAGCUUCUGAAUCUCCAAUCUGCAAGUGUUUGAAAGGGUUUGUUCCCAAGUCACUUGAGGAAUGGAGCAAAGGAAACAGGACAGGAGGUUGUGUGAGGAAAACCAAAUUGUUUUGUGAGAGUAACACAAAUCAGUCAGUUGCUUCGAGAGGAAAUGACGAUGGGUUUUGGAAGAUGUCAAGUGUAAAACAACCGGAUUUUCAUGAGUAUAUUUCGUCUUUGAGUGCUGAAAGCUGCAGGAGACAGUGUCUAGAUAAUUGUUCUUGCUUGGCCUAUACAUAUGUUAAUAAUAUAGGGUGUUUGGUCUGGUCCAAAGACAUUAUUGAUGUUGAGGAGUUUUCAUCUGCUGGACAAGAUCUUUUUAUUCGCCUACGCACAGAAUCUGGUGAAGGAAAGCGAACAAGGAUAAUUGUUAGCCUCACAGUAGCUAUUUGUUUUAUGGCUGUCUUGGUUGCCAUAGUGUUCAUUUUGCACAGGUUGCGAGCGAAACAAACGGGAAACAUCAUAGUAACAAGAAAGUUCAUUGAUACCAUUGGGAAUUCAAGUGCCACUCUUCAAGAAUAUAUCAGACAGCAUGAUCGGUCAGAGUUACUCAUCUAUAAUUUUGAUAACAUAUUGCUUGCUACAAACAAUUUCAGUAUCACAAACAAACUCGGGGAAGGAGGAUUUGGCCCUGUUUACAAGGGUAAACUGCAAGAAGGGAAGGAAAUAGCAGUAAAAAGACUAUCUAGUAGCUCAGGGCAAGGCAUAGAAGAGUUCAAGAAUGAGAUGCUGUUGAUCUCCAAACUGCAACAUAAAAAUCUUGUUAGGAUCAUGGGCUGCUCUGUCCAGGAUGAUGAGAAGUUACUAAUUUACGAGUUCAUGCCAAAUGGAAGCUUGGAUACUCUUCUAUUCAAUUCAAUGACAGGAGGAGCAGUGCUUGAUUGGGGUCGACGCUUCAAGAUUAUUCUGGGUGUUGCUAGAGGGCUUCUUUAUCUCCACCAUGAUUCCUGUUUGAAGGUAAUACAUAGAGAUUUGAAGGUCAGUAACAUUCUCUUGGAUGAGAACAUGAACCCAAAAAUUUCAGAUUUUGGAUUGGCACGUAUCGUUCAAGGCACGCAGAGUCUAGCAAAUACUCACAAGGUUGUGGGAACAAUUGGCUAUAUGUCUCCGGAGUAUGCCAUGGGCGGGAUGUUUUCUGAAAAAUCUGAUGUCUAUAGCUUCGGGGUGUUGCUAUUGGAGAUUAUUAGUGGCAAAAAGAAUACCAGCUUCUAUUGCAGUGACCAACAGCUAGGGUUCCUAGCUUAUACAUGGCACUCAUGGAAUGCAGGCAGGGGAUUGGAGUUGGUUGAUGAAGUAUUGGCAAAUUCAUAUUCACCGUCAGAAGUGAUGAGAUGUGUGCAUAUUGGUCUUCUUUGUGUACAGGACAAUGCAGUAGAUAGGCCAACCAUGCCAGAUGUAGUUUCCAUGCUAAGUACUGAGACAGAUCGUCCACAGCCUCACCGGCCUAUAUUUACUGUCCAAAAGUCAGUCUCUGAUCCUCAACCACAGUAUGACAAUAUCUACUCUGGAAAUGAAGCUACCAUAACAGUGAUUCAAGGACGAUAAACAAUAGCAUAUUGUUACAUACAUCACAAUGCUAUGACUUUUGGUCAUUUUUUGUCAAGUGUUCUUCCUUCUCACACACAUUGAAGGUUUUCCGUUUUGUACAGGAAAGAACCCCUCUCUUGGAGUUUGGGACAGUAAAUGAAGAUUUUCCCAAACGUAGAUUCUAGACUGGAGCUUUCUUGAUUGUAUACUUUGUCUUUGUCUACAUUGUUAUUCUGAGUGUAAUAUAUCAUAUUAUUCUUAUCA